CUGACAGCAGUUGGUUAGGUUGCGCGUGGGUGAGUGUGUGUUUGUGCGUUCACACAACACUAGCGCCACUUAAUAGAGACCGAAAGGUGAUUCGAUUUCGCGAACUAAUCCUGGCAGCGCGGAGCGGUCAGUACGUGUGCCAUUCCGCACCGAGAAAUGGCAGCCGACGAGACGCGUUCGGAUAGCAGGAGCGCGAGCACGUUGCCGAAGAACGAGGUCGUGUGUGAGAACGCAGUGACAGCUGUGCACGGGUACGGGUUUUAAAUCUGUUAUGAUUAAGAACGUACCGGGUAACACCGGUCGCCGACCAGCUGCGAGUCCGGAGCGGAAAAUAUUGUCGUAGAUACCGCGUGACGGAAAGUUCGGUGGCUUUUUCUUUUAUUCGGUUUUCUCGCGUCCUCGUAGGCGAAUUACCAAGGUCGUUUGCGAUCCGAAGGGUGUGUGUUUACCGAACCUCUUUUGGAUACAACUAGCCGCAAGAUGUGGUGUCUCGUUAGCCAAGCGAACUCAGUCAUCCUCGAGGUGCAGGUUGAUCCCAAAGCCAUUGGUCAAGAGUGCCUCGAAAAGGUGUGCGAUUGUCUCGGAGUCAGCAAGGAGUGCGACUACUUCGGGCUGAAGUAUCAGAAUGCAAAGGGCGAGGAGCUUUGGUUGAACCUGAGAAAUCCCAUAGAGAGGCAAACCGGAGGCGGUGUAGCGCCGCUGAGGUUCGCGUUGAGGGUUAAAUUUUGGGUACCGCCUCACCUGUUGCUGCAGGAAGCCACCAGGCAUCAAUUCUACUUGCACUCUCGUUUGGAGCUGGUCGAGGGUAGACUGAAGGUUUCGGACUGGGGAUCCGUGGCGCGUCUGGUCGCCUUAAUAGCUCAAGCCGAUGGCGGCGAUUACGAUGUCAUGUCGCCACCCCACGCCCUUUAUUCCCAGUGCUGUCAGAUACAGCCGACGGAACCGUACGAGCCGAAACCUCCAGACUUUCUGCACCGGAUAGUCCAGCAACACAAGGAAAUUAAGGGCAUGAAAACUUCGACCGCCGAGUAUUGGCUGCUGAAAGAAAUAUCCAAUUUGGACACAUUCGGUCAGGAAAUGUUCCACAGUAAAUUCGGAUACAACGGAGUAUCCGUGAUAGGAGUUGGGCCUCACGGGAUCACGGUUUAUCACACCCAGGACGAGGAAACGCAAAACAUACCGUACACAGCGAUACAAAGCGCGACGUCUCAGCGUCGAAUGUUUCAUUUGGUGUACCUGUCUCUGGACGGCGAGGAAACUUCGUUGAACUUUAAAUUGGAUUCGAGUCAAUCAGCCAGCGGACUUUACCGAGCGAUCACCGAGAAGCACGCAUUUUAUAGUUGCGAGACGGUCAGGAGCGCGGUCACCGCUCAAUUUAUCCGGGAUCUGAAGGGUACUAUAAUCUCGAUUUUUAACGAGGAUUCGACGCUGGGGAAGAAAUAUGUGUUCGACAUUCGCAGAACGUGCAGGGAGGUGUACGACAAUGCGCGACGCGCUUUGUACUGCGAGGCGGCGACCGUCAGAUUACCAGAGGAGAAGGAAAUCUUGGAGACGCAUGGCUGCGCUGGGGAUUGCGUGGAUCCGAAGUGCAAGGAAUCUCGGGAAUGCCUGGCAAGAUUAUUGGACGCCAUGCUCUGUCGCAUUUGCAUGGAUCGCAGCCUGGACACAGCGUUGUUUCCGUGUGGACAUGCCGUGGCCUGCUUGGAUUGCGCCAGACGCUGCGAGCGUUGUCCACUUUGUAGAGCGGACAUAGACCAUUGUCGAACGAUAUAUCUGCCUAUCGAGCUGACGCACAUCGAUAAGCACAAUUCCAAGUCGGUCUCGGAGACCAUCGGACCCGUCUUUGGCGAGACGUCCACCGACGAGAUUCCGAAGAGGACUUUGAGGACCGAGACCCCAGUAAACGUUAGCGACAUUUGAGAUCGUCGUAUGCGAAGGUUCAGCGUGUUUCAAAGGUUUUACAGAAUCUUUACUUGUCGAAUGGAGAAGAUGCAUUGAGAUCUCGAGUGUAGGAACGAUCGUCGGGUCACUCCUCUCGAGUAGAGAUGAGACUACUCGAAUAUUUCUGUAUUCCAAUAUUAUUUGAACGUUAAACUGAUCGAAUACUUUUUGAAUAUUGUAUCAAUAUUUGUUCAUCCAAAUCUUACAUGAAUAACUGUUAACAUUUAACUGUUCAAAUAUUAUAUAAAUAUUUGACUAUUUAAAUACUAUUUGAAUAUUCGAUAAACUGGUCAACUAUCUGUAUAUUCGUAGUAUUUACAUAGUGUGGUUUACGACUAUAAAUCAUUUUCUUUAAGUUUAUGCUAAACAAGAUUGGAAUACUCAAAUAUUCGAGGUGUCCCAAGCGCUACUUCCGAGACGCUGUGAAUUUUAUUUUUAUAUUUUCAUGUCAAUUUCUAGUUCUCCUUCUUCUUCUUUUUUUUUUUUCUAACCCAGGAAAGAGUCAUUUCGUAUCGUUUACGAACCCCUUCGUGCCUGAACUCAGCAAAUAUUAUUUCUUAUAUGUUUCACACUGCGCACGAUUGCAGGUAGUGUACCAACCCUAACAAAUAAUCCAUAAAAGUAAAGGACACAAUGUCAUAAUAAAAGCAUAAAUUUUCUGAAGCUGUCGCGUAUCGAUACAGUGGGCACGAAGGGCUAGACCGUCGUCAUUCGCGUAGAAGAUCAAUUGUUAAUUUAAUCGCGUCCAAAAGUCAUUUUCAAAAAGCUAUGAAGUUUCUUCUUGAGGAAACAAACAGUAGUUCGUUAUACGAUCCUUUAAAUCUAGAUCUACGAUAUUUCUAAUAAUGUUACUUCUUAAUUGUAAUGACAACGAUCACUAUCUUAAUCGAGCGACCGAAAUAUGCUAUUAGUAGCAUAUGAUCUCCGACGUGCAGUGCUGCCGUUAUUUCGACAAGAAGAGAAAGAGUAGUAUAUAAUUUAAAUCAAUGCAAAAUUCGAUGCGUCAUGUACAGACUUUUUAUUCUUAUCGACAAUCGGACCAAUAAGUUCUAUUUUUAUUGAAUUGUUGUUUGUAAUACUUCUUUCGUUAUUUUUGUUCCUCUUAGAUAGGUUGUACGCUUUUUUUUCAAUCUACUUCUUCUUCUCUUAUGUAUCAAUUUUCAUUUAAACAACGGUCUCGGGGCACUCGGGUGAAGAGUUUUAUCAAAACCGGUGACCCCUCAUAUUUUUUAAUAUAAUAUGCGUUAUUCAUUACGCAUAUGCAGUAUCGUUUACAAAACGGCUGCUAUGACGGCAUUCCUCGUAAAGGACGUUUCAUUUAAUGCGUACGCAAAUCUUGAACUUGAACGAUCUGUCUUCUACAUUGUAAAUCGUUCGUUUAUCGCGAGUCGUUUUGUUUAUCGUCGUUGAGAUGUUUAGGUAAUUGCUUGAUAAUAGGAAACUCUCAAUUCGCUAGGAUCGUUAACGAUCGCGAUGGUUAAUUAACGCGUUACGUAUUAAUUCUUUUUUCUUUGAAACGUCCUAUACGAGAAGGAAUCCUUGUUACAGUAAUAUCUGUUUAUAUGUACAUAAGAAACGAGAUAACCCGCGGUGGGGUCGAGCGAGUAAAAAGUCAUGAGUUCACCAAAUGUCAAAUCUGAUUUAACCAGCUCAGCGCGUAUGCCAUCUUGUAAGUAAGUCAUAAUAAAAGAAACACACGUUGAUUGUCGCGUAUAAAAAGAUAAUUUACCGUGUUACGAGUUAGCGAUAUUUCGUUUGAAAGAUAGGAUGAGAGAAGACCUGGUUUUCUAAUCAAAAGAAGAGAAUGCACGGAUUUUGAGCGUUCAAUGAAACGUGGAAACUUUUGCGUAUUAUUUAUUUUGUUCCUCGCGUGACGUAUCAUCCUUCUUUCAAUUCCUCGAUCGUCGAGAACGCUUUUAUCGUUACCAUCGCCGAAAGUGAGCGUCAAGUUAGUUCAAACACCUGUGUAUGUAGCAUUUUAUGAACGUGCAUGCGUGUGGAAAGGGAGAAUGCGAAAACAAGGAAAUCGUUGUAGUCAUUCAUCAAUGCAAAGCAGACCUAGUUUAUAAUUAUUUAUAAGAAAAAGGAUAAUAGCGUUUUUACGUGCUACUACGUUUAAUGACAAUUAUUACCGUCGAGUCUCGUUAAAGUCAGUUUAGCGUGAUCUUCUUUUUCCUGACACGUUCAGCGCUUUACAUCUAUUACUCUACAUCUUUUUAGUUUCCUUUAGUAUUUUUAUAUCUUAUCGGUUAAGAAAAUCGUGAUUACGCUGCUUCUACGAAUCAAAUAUCGAUUUCAGUGAUUCCGUAGUCGUAAAUGCAGUGACAAGUAUGUACAACAGUGUUAAAUCGAACGUUAUGAUAUUAUUCGUAAUAAUGUUGAAGUUAUCGUUGGUGCAAUACACGUCAGGCUACUUCCGCGUUGUGAAAAACAAGAAUUUUCCUCGAAAUUCUUUUUUAACUGGUAUUCAUCGAUGGACUGUUAAAUUCUGUCAUCUCUGUUCCAAAAGCAGUGUUCCGUAAAUUUUAAUGGUCUGCGAUCUUGCGGAUUACAAACAUUUGUACCAUCGCUAUGCGUUUAUUCGUUAUAUGUAAAGUUAAUAAUAACAACAGCAACAAUAACGCUGUUAUAAUAAAAAUAACAAUUUUCACGGUUGACCGUCUGUAUAAAAACGUACACGAAGAAAUUUGAAGUCAUUGUAGCCGUUAGAUCUGUAU